AUGUUCGGCGGCUGCACGCCCGAGGCUCUUCACGGCGAUACGCACGUGUUCGACACGGAGCAAGGAACGUGGAGGCAGCUGAGCUUGCCCGAGGAGGGCGCACCUGCGCGCCGAGCAGGCCAUUCGAUAGUGGCCCUCGCCGACGCGCGUACCUUGGCCCUGUUUGGUGGCGAGACCGUGCGACCGGACAAGCUCGUCGACAUGGCCACGCUCAAUGACCUCCACCUCCUCCAGCUUUCGAGCUAG